AUGGAGACGAUUGUGGAUGAAGCAGCUUUUGUUGUUACAGAUAAUCUCGCCCAGGCCGCAUUCUCCUCAUUUAUGAGUGCCAGGUUUCUACCCUUCAACGAAAGCCCGGGCUGCUCGCACUCGGGUGCUUUCGGAGUCCCAACAGCAUUUAAGCAUCUGCAUAUUAAUGAUGAGCUUGCGGUCUCGCUUUAUCGGAAAUCGGAUGUGCCAUGGGAGUUUGAAGACCUUGAAUCCUUGCCUGAUAGGAAUUCAGCUCUUAUGCUUGCCUCAUAUGACCGACCCCCGUCAGCAUCUCUAGGCCGUGGUCGAGGGCGCCUCUUGUCACAUCCUUGUGCUGUGAAGAUUCCCUGUGCUGUGAGUUAUUGCGAGGCCCUGAUUCCGCGACUUUUUUCUCAUGACCGCGACUCUGUUUGCGAGACUUUCUUGUUGGCUAUUCUGAGUUAUAUGUUGGAGUAUGUCGAUGGUACGGAUGUCUUGGACGAAAACAAGCAGCAAGAAGGCUACCGGAAGUUUUACGAUGCGAUCAAACUGGGAGAUCUUGCAAUGUAUUCGAUACUAAAUGAGCUCCGACUUAGUUUGAUCGAAGAGCGUCGCCUCCCAGUGAAAAAUGAUUAA